AUGGACAAAGAAAAUUGGCCAAUAAUUAAUAAUAAAUAUAUAGUUCAUAAAAAAAUAGCUACAGGAACAUAAGGCAGCGUAGUGCUAGCAACAGAUAAAGACAGUAGAUCUCGUUAUGCAAUUAAGAUUUAUAAGUAAAAACAGUAAAAGGAUUACUUUACAAAAUAUGUCAAAUUAGAAAUGGAAAAGCUAAAAUAGUCAAAAAGUUAAUAUAUUAUUCGCUUAGAAGAUAUAUUAGUUGAUGCAAAUUAUAUGAAACCUGAUAACUCAGUCACCACAAUCAACGCAAUUGUAAUGGAAUAUGCAUCAUAUGGAAAUUUCCAUGAUUUGAUAUAUUUAACUGGUCCUUUUAAUGAAAAAGUUGCAAAAUAUUACUUCAAACAGCUUAUUCUAGGAAUAAAUUAUCUGCAUAAUGAGUAAAAUAUUUGCCACAGAGAUCUAAAACCUGAUAAUAUGCUUCUAAAUGAGAAUUUAGAAAUGAAGAUUUGUGAUUUAGCUAUGAGUGCUACACUUUCUAAUCAACUGACAACAACAGUUGGAAAUCUUUAAUUCUAGGCACCUGAAUUACAUAAAUUAAAUUAGGUCGAAGAAAUCAAUAACCAGUAACAAGAGUAACAAGUAGUAGGUUAUAAUGGGAGAGCAACUGAUAUAUUUUCUGCAGGAGUUAUUUUAUAUUUAAUGCUAACUGGGACAUACCCAUUUUUCAGCACCAAGUGCUACAAUGAUACAACCAUAGACAAAAUAUGGUAAAGCUAUAGAAUUAAAGCUCAAGCUGCUUCCAAUUGUAGUAAUUCAGAGGAUUAAAAGAAAUCUUCUUUUAUUCCUCUUUCUUAAGAGGUUAUAGAUCUUAUAAAUCAAAUGCUCCAAAAAGAGCCCCUCAAUAGAAUUUCUUUGGCAGAAAUAAUCUCUCAUCCAUGGUUAUAACAAGAAGUUGAUAAAAAGGAAAUAACUUAAUUCAUGCAAGAAAAGAUUAACACUUAUUUGAAAGAAACUAGAACAGAAUAUAGAUAAAAAAAGAGUGAAUUAGAGAAGCAAGGAAGCACUGGAAAUCUCUAUAAUGGAGUUUAAAAGUUCAGAUCAGACAGCUCAGGCAUUUAUGAAAAACAAGUCCUAGCUUAAGAAAUGGUUGAGACACUCUAACUUGAUAAAAAAACAAGACAAUUCAAAAUUUAUUCAGAUUCAGACAUAUGGAUUCAUGAUUAUGAGUUCGAAGCAAAGCCAGAAUAAGGUUGCAUAGAAGAAAUUAAAAAAAUAAUGAACUAUUUGUAUUGUGAAAACACUAUCUCUAAUGUGAUCUUAGAUGAUAAUUUCUAUAAAAUAAGCUUUUAAGUCCAAGGCAGUGAGUAAAAUAUGGCUGAAGUUAAGAUUUCGAUCAAAACAAAAUAAAAUCACAAAGAUGUUUAUUUAAUUGCUCUUUCUAAAAACUAGGGAAUGAAGUCAUUAGGAUUAAAUAUUUAUUAGAAAAUCAAACAAAUACUCUAAUGA